AUGGCAGGGCCAAGUCCAUCACCACACAAGCCCAGGCGCAAACUGAAGACUGGCGAUGGCAAUGGCGGCGACAAGCUUACACGAACGCGGUUCGAAGCUUUGGUGCGAGCUCCAUCCUUCCCCUUGGCGGCGUUCCUGUGGCCGGCCCGGACCUCGUCUACUCAAUGGGAGGUGUUGCCAGCAGUUUUGAUGGUUGUCGGGCUGUUUCGAUGGGCAGCAGGCUUUUGGGGGUAUUCAGGUUUCCAACGUCCUCCCAUGUUUGGCGACUACGAAGCACAGCGACACUGGAUGGAGCUAACGACGCAUCUUCCCAUCUCACAAUGGUAUUUUCACGAUCUUCAAUGGUGGGGGCUUGAUUAUCCGCCUCUCACGGCAUAUCAUAGCUGGGUCAUGGGCAAGAUUGGAGGCUUAAUUGAGCCCUCCUGGUUCGCACUCUUUACCUCUCGAGGCUCCGACGAUCCGACCUUGAAGAUUUUCAUGAGAGCCACCGUCAUUAUCUCUGAAUAUCUCAUUUACAUCCCGGCAGUUGUAGUGUUUGCCCGACGAUACAGCAGGCUGAAUGGCGUGUCUACUUGGACCAGCUCUGUAGCUCUUGUUGCCAUUCUCAUGCAACCGGCCACGAUCCUCAUCGACCACAUUCACUUUCAGUACAACACCGUUAUGCUUGGCCUUGUCCUCGCAAGCAUCAACAGCAUGCUAGCCGAAAGAUACAAGUGGGCUGCCGUCUUCUUUGUUGCCGCCCUCGGAUUCAAACAAAUGGCACUGUACUAUGCGUUCACUGUCUUUGCCUACCUGCUAGGAAAGUGCAUGCAGCCACGUAUAAACAUCACCCGGUUGGUUGGCAUUGCACUGGUGACAGUUGCUUCAUUCGCUGUUUUGGUGUUACCUCUGAUUAUUGGCACUCUGUAUGACAGACACCAAGGAAUCGAUUCACGACCAGACCUGGACGGACCUCCACCACCGCUUCCGUUGUUCCCGUUUGUUGCUCAUUAUCUUGAUACCCGCUCUGCUCUUUAUGCCGUGGUGGAGCAAAUGAUCCAGAUGGUCCACCGUAUCUUCCCAUUCUCAAGAGGGUUGUUUGAAGACAAGGUCGCCAACUUUUGGUGCGCCUUGAAUGUUGUCAUAAAGCUUCGCAAUUUGCCGACAGACCUAUUACAAAAGGCAGCACUCGGCGCGACGCUCCUAUCCAUCAUCCCGCCGAAUCUUGUGCUCCUCAUUCGACCAGAGAAGAAGAUUUUGCCUCUAGCUUUUGCGACCACGGCUUGGGGAUUCUUCCUGUUCAGCUACCAGGUGCAUGAAAAGAGCGUUCUUCUGCCCCUGAUGCCAAUGACUCUGUUGCUUGCUGGAAAGCAGGGACUCAAUGGUGAUACACGAUCAUGGGUUGGAUUUGCCAAUCUUCUCGGAGCGUGGACUAUGUUCCCUUUGCUGAGCAGGGUAGAUCUCACUGUGCCUUAUACUGUCCUGACGCUUCUGUGGGCGUAUCUUGUGGGCCUGCCUCCGUUGUGUUGGACUGCCCCCUUCAUGGAGGCAGGACCUGCACCAAAGCAGUGGGCGACGGCUAUCAUUCAUGGUUGUUUCUACGCUUUUAUGGGUGUCUGGCAUGUCGUCAAUGCCUGUGUGCCCCCUCCUGUCGAUAAGCCGGAUUUAUGGGUGGUGGCCAAUGUUGGCGUCGGUUGUGCUGGUUUCAUAAUGUGUUACUUGUGGUGUUUCUGGAAACUGCUGGUGGACAGCGGCCUGGUGGCGUCCAAGUUGCCAAAGUCGAAAACGCAAUGA